AUGUGUGUAAAGCAAGUGUUUUCAAGAAACUCCAUUGAAGAUAGCUGGAGGUUUCUGUGGAAGCUCCUGGUUCAAGCCGUAGUUGCUGAAGGAGUUCAGCUGGGUCUUGAAGGUGUAGAUCCGAAGAUUACUUCCUCAUCAAAACCACAAGCAGAGGCUCUGAUAAGAUGGAAGAACAGCUUGGUGUUGAAACCAUCUUCUCUGAAUUCAUGGUCCAGCAACAACAUCAACAAUCUUUGCAACUGGACUAGUGUUGUUUGCGAUGGCUCCACCAGAGAAAUCUCACAAAUAAACCUCUCCAACUUGUACCUUAAUGGUUCACUAGACCAGUUCAACUUCUCUCUGUUCCACAACAUCACCGUAUUCAACCUCAACAACAACAAUAUCGCUGGUUUUAUACCACCCUCCAUUGGUAAUCUCACCAAGCUCACAUUGUUGGAUUUGAGUGACAAUCAUAUUGAAGGAGAAAUACCAGUGGAGAUGAGCCAAUUGUCAGAGCUUCAAUAUCUUAGUCUGUUCAACAAUUCUCUCAAGGGUACGAUCCCUUACCAGCUUAGCAAUCUAAAAAAGGUACGACACUUAUCCCUUGGAGCAAACUCUUUGGAGACUUUUGAGUGGUCUAAAUUUUCAAGCAUGCCUUUGUUGACCUACCUUGAUCUUUCUUUGAAUAACUUUAAUUCAUUAUUCCCAGAUUUCAUAUUAAAGUGUAGGAACUUGACCUUCCUAGACAUGUCCCAAAACAAUUGGAAUGGCUCAAUUCCAAAAUCUUUAUUCUCCAAUCUACCGUUACUUAAAACGUUGGAUCUUUCUAAGAACCAUCUAACGGGUCCAAUUCCAACUUCUCUGUGUAACCUCAAAAAUCUCAUAUUUUUUUCUGUAAACACCAACCAACUAUCAGGAAAGUUGCCAAUUAACAUUUCUAGUCUCAGUAACUUGGAGAAAUUAUCUCUUUUCGCCAAUAAUUUCACUAGUUCAAUUCCUUCAGAGAUUGGAAAUUUGAAGAAACUUAAAAUUUUGGUUCUUUCCAGGAACCAUCUCAAGGGUCCAAUUCCAACUUCUUUAUGGACCCUAAAAAACCUCAUCUUGGUGCAACUUUUCCAAAACAAUUUGGUUGGAACCAUACCACCAGAGAUCGAAAAUCUAGAACUCCUCAUAACUUUUGAUGUAAGCACCAACCAACUAUUAGGAGAGUUGCCCGUUAACAUUUCUAGGCUGAGUAACUUGGAGAAGUUAUAUGUUAACGUCAAUAAUUUCACUGGCUCAAUUCCUUCAGAGAUUGGAAACUUGAAGAAACUUCAAAUAUUGGAACUUUCUGAAAACCAUCUCACGGGUCCAAUUCCAAAUUCUCUAUUGAACCUCAAAGACCUCACCUAUUUUGCUGUAGACACCAACCAACUAUCAGGGGUGUUGCCGGUUAACAUGUCUAAACUCAAUAACUUGGAGGAGUUAUAUGUUAACAUCAAUAAUUUCACUGGCUCAAUUCCUUCAGAGAGUGGAAACUUGAAGAAACUUAAAAUAUUGGAACUUUCUGAAAACCAUCUCACAGGUCCAAUUCCAAAUGCUCUGCUGAACCUCAAAGACCUCACCUAUUUUGCUGUAGACACCAACCAACUAUCAGGAGAGUUGCCCGUUAACAUUUCUAAGCUCAGUAGCUUGGAGAAGUUAUAUGUUUACGCCAAUAAUUUCACUGGAUCAAUUCCUUCAAAGAUUGGAAACUUGAAGAAACUUCAAAUAUUGGAACUUUCUGAAAACCAUCUCACGGGUCCAAUUCCAAAUUCUCUAUUGAACGUCAAAGACCUCACCUAUUUUGCUGUAGACACCAACCAACUAUCAGGGGUGUUUCCGGUUAACAUGUCUAAACUUAGUAGCUUGGAGGAGUUAUAUGUUAACAUCAAUAAUUUCACUGGCUCAAUUCCUUCAGAGAUUGGAAACUGGAAGAAACUUAAAAUAUUGGAACUUUCUGAAAACCAUCUCACAGGUCCAAUUCCAAAUGCUCUGCUGAACCUCAAAGACCUCACCUAUUUUGCUGUAGACACCAACCAACUAUCAGGAGAGUUGCCCGUUAACAUUUCUAGACUGAGUAACUUGGAGGAGUUAUAUGUUUACGCCAAUAAUUUCACUGGAUCAAUUCCUUCAAAGAUUGGAAACUUGAAGAAACUUAAAGUGUUGGAUGUCAGCAUCAAUCAACUCUCAGGAGAGUUGCCGAAAACUUAUCAUACAACAACUUCUUUGGAGAGUUGCCUCAAGAAUUGUGUAGAGGGUUUAAUCUAG